AUGGAGUUAUUGUCCUUAAAUCCAGGACAGAUCAAGAAGCCUAUUAUUCUAUGGUGGACUCCAUUUACUGGAGAAAAGGGCAAGUAUAAGACUUGUGGAGAUCAGGAGUGUUUCUUUACUAUUAACAGAAAAUUUAGAAAUCAUCCUCAUAUAAAGGUUUUUAUGUUUUAUGGUUCAGAUUUCUCCCUUGAUGAUUUGCCAUUACCACGUCAAUCUCACCAUGAAUGGGGUUUAUUUCACGAAGAAUCUCCUAAAAAUAACUUUUUAUAUUCUCACCAUAACAUGAUGGCAUUAUUUAACCAUACUUGUACAUUCCGACGUGAAUCAGAUUAUCCAAUCACCACACAGCAUUUAGUUAGUCAGAAGUGGUUAGAAAGUACAAAACAUCUUGUGUCUGCUGACAAGAAACAUGGUUUUCGACAUAAAUUAGCACCAGUAGUAUUCACCCAUAGUGACUGUGAUACUCCUUCUGAUAGAGAUACAUUUGUAUCAUCUUUAAUGAAACACAUCAAAGUUGAUUCUUAUGGUUCCUGUCUUCAUAAUAAAGAUCUUCCAGAACACAUUCAAGAUCCAAUAAAAGGCAUGAACCAUGGAGAUUUUUUAGACCUGGUCAGUAAAUACAAGUUUUCUCUAGCGAUAGAAAAUGGAGUCUGCACAGAUUAUGUGACAGAAAAAUUAUGGAGACCUCUAUCAGUGGGCUCUGUACCUAUUGUCUAUGGAUCACCAACAGUACAGGAACUACUACCAUCCAAUCAUUCAGCAAUAAUUAUCAAUGAUUAUAAGACAGUGGAAGAACUAGCUAAAUAUCUCACAUUUCUCGAUAAUAAUAAUGAGGAAUAUGAGAAAUAUUUAGAUUGGAAGAAAACUGGUGUCACGAAUCAAAUACUAAAACAAAUAUUAGCUGAAAGAGACUGGAAAAUUGAUGAUAAUCAAAAUUGGUCCGAUAAAGACAUAAACUUUGUUGAUGGAUUUGAAUGUUUUGUUUGUAAACGUGUUCAUGAGAAUAUCAACUUACAGAAACAAGGCAAACAACCCAAACAACAUCAAGCAAAUAAAAAUCAUUAUGGUUGUCCAAAACCAAAGAGGUUUAAUGAAAGUCCAGAACUAACUGCUGAUAUGGAUUGGCAAGCAGAAUAUGAAUUGUAUGGUAGAAUGGCCAAACAUCUGAGAUAUUUUAUUGAAAAUAAUAAAACGUUCACAAAAGAUACUCUUCUAAAGAUUUCUCUAAAUGAUAUGUCAUAA